ACCUGCUUGUGUCGGCGAUGCGAUGCUGAUGCUGGUGCUGUGAAUUUGAUUGACGCGAACAUGUCGGUGUGAUGGGGGAGCGCCGGGAUGCAGCUGAUGAUGGUCCAGAAGGGGAAUACGUGCUGUCAAAUCAGACGUUAUCGUUAAGAAAUAACACCCAACGUUCUCCUUUAUCAUCUAUAACAAAGAUGUCUGAAUUUGUGUUGCAUUUCACGCGGGCGAAAUGGAUCUAGCUGAUGCCACCGCAGCGAGGAUCUGAUUUGUAUUUUUUUCCUUCCUUCCUUCAGUAUCAGUAUAUUAUGGUAGAGUCAAGCCGGAGCAUCAAACAUAAACUGUGCAACCCUGAUGACAACACCGUCAGGAUAUCAGGAUAUCUACAAUGGAAUCGCCUUACACGUAGAGUCUAGUUUUUCAUGAUCACACACACAUCAUUAUUAGUGCUUUCACGAACGCACUAUUCAAGUGUUGUCUAAUCUGAUUGAGCGAAAAAAGUAGCCUGCACUUAAGAGACGGACCACUGCUCCCAAAUUAUGGACGAGGAGAAUAUAACCAAAAGCGACGAGCAUCAACUGAGUUUGCAAAAAGCCUUGCAGCAGUGCGAACUGGUGCAAAACAUGAUAGACAUUAGUAUCUCCAGCUUGGAAGGUCUGAGGACCAAAUGUGCCACAUCCAACGACUUGACACAAAAAGAAAUCCGAACGCUGGAGGGUAAACUGGUGAAGUAUUUUAGUCGGCAGCUCUCUUACAAGCGUAAAGUGUCCUUACAGGAGCAGAAUGUGGAGUUGGAUGGAUUCCCGCGGCUGGGACACUGGUUCCGCAUUGUUAACAUGAGGAAGGAGGUUAUUGAGGAGAUCUCUCCAGGUGAGCUGACUCUGGAAGCUCUGUUGGAGAUGUCGGAUGAGCAGGUGUGUGAGGCGCUUCAGAAGUUUGGAGCCAGUGAUGAAGAAUGUGCUCGGCUCAAUGCCUCGCUCACAUGUCUACGAUCAGCCCACAAAUCAGAACAACUUGAAGAUGACAAAUUACACAGUAAUGGAGGAUCCAAGCAGGACUGGUCCAUUCAGUGGCCCACGUCCGAGUCGGGGAAAGAGAACACCCCAGUGGGGCCAUCAGACCCUAUUCAGUGGGUCCGUCUCCAGCUCUCCCAGAGCCCCAAAUUGCACUCACGCUACAGCCAGCACUUGUGCCAGAGUCCCCAGUCCCUGGUGCCCCCCUUCUAUUCCCCUCACCCGCAUUCAGACCGGCUGACCGUGGACCCUCACUCCGGCCUCUUCCCCUCGCCUCUGGAUAUGGGACAUCACUCUCUGCCUCCUUCCCCCAGACAGAGGCAUUUUGCCCACACCCCUCCUCGGACUCCCUUAGUAGUGAACACCAUGACCCCUCCAGGGACGCCACAGGUCAGGCGCAGGAAUAAGCUGAAGGCCCCUGGAACCCCGCCGCCUGCGAGUCGGAAGCUCAUCCACCUUCUGCCAGGGUUCACGGCUCUGCACCGCAGCAAAUCCCACGAGUUCCAGCUGGGGAACAGAAUAGAUGACGCACAGACACCCAAAGCAAAAAAGAAGAACAAGCCGUUGAACCUGAAGAUCCACAGCAGUGUGGCUGGAAGCUGUGAAAACCUGCCGACCCAGCGCUCCCCUCUCCACUCCGAUCACUCACUCCGCUCCUUCUUUUUCCCCAAUUUUGUCCCUUCGACACCACCAGUGCACUCCGAUACCCCCUCAGCAAAUACUCUGUCUGUUCCUCGCUGGUCUCCUCAAAUAUCUCGCAGAGACCUCGGCAACUCCAUAAAACACAGGUUUUCCACGAAGUACUGGAUGUCACAGACAUGUAUCGUGUGUGGGAAAGGAAUGCUGUUCGGCUUAAAAUGCAAAAACUGCAAAUUGAAGUGCCACAACAAAUGCACCAAAGAAGCACCACCCUGUCUUGUUCUCAUAUACCACAGAGGAGGUAGGGACACAUUAAGAGAUCAAGUAACAUCUCAAGCUCGUCAGCUCGUCAGGACCGAGUCGGUACCAUGUGACAUAAACAACCCCCUCAGGUACUCAGACCUCCACAUUAGCCAGACUCUCCCCAAGACCAACAAAAUCAACAAGGACCAUAUCCCUGUGCCGUAUCAGCCCGACUCCAGCAGUAACCCCUCCUCCACCACCUCCUCCACCCCGUCGUCUCCUGCUCCCCCUCUGCCGCCCAGCGCGACACCCCCAUCUCCUCUGCACCCUUCCCCGCAGAGCGCCAGACAGCAGAAACAGUCCAGCCUUACAGCAUCUCAUUUCUACAAAUACAAGCAGGAGUUCAUCUUCCCUGAUGUGGCCCCCGAGGUUCCCACCAGGGCCCCUCAAGUCAUUCUACACCCUGUUCUGUCUGAAACUGGUACCAAAGUGAGUCCCUUGCUACAAAUUGAGGUUGAGCCAACAUCUGACAAUGAGGAAGGCAAUGAUGAGGCCGAGGGUUCAGCGGACGAGUUCGAGGAGAUGAAUCUCUCCCUUCUGUCUGCACGGAACUUCCCACGCAAGGCCAGCCAGACCAGCAUCUUCCUGCAGGAGUGGGACAUCCCCAUGGAGCAGCUGGAGAUGGGAGAGCUGAUCGGGAAAGGACGCUUUGGACAGGUCUACCACGGACGCUGGCACGGAGAAGUGGCAAUACGGCUAAUUGACAUCGAAAGAGACAAUGAAGAACAGCUGAAAGCGUUUAAAAGAGAGGUGAUGGCAUACAGGAACACACGGCAUGAGAACGUGGUCCUGUUCAUGGGAGCGUGUAUGAGACCCCCUCAUCUGGCCAUCAUCACCAGUUUGUGUAAGGGCAGGACCCUCUACUCAGUGAUUCGAGAUGCAAAAGUCGUUCUCGACGUGAACAAGACCAGACAAAUCGCACAAGAGAUGGUGAAGGGCAUGGGCUACCUACAUGCCAAAGGGAUCCUUCACAAAGAUAUGAAAUCCAAGAAUGUAUUUUAUGACAAUGGGAAAGUGGUCAUCACCGACUUUGGCCUGUUCACAAUAUCUGGUGUUCUACAAGCAGGCAGUAGGAGAAAGGAUAAGCUGCGGAUCCCAAGCGGCUGGCUAUGUCAUCUCGCUCCUGAGCUCAUCCGUCAGCUCUCCCCGGAGACCGCAGAAAACCAGCUUCCUUUCUCCAAACAGUCUGACGUCUUUGCCUUUGGCACUAUCUGGUACGAGCUCCAUGCACGCGAGUGGCCCUUUAAGAAUCAGCCAGCUGAAGUCAUUAUCUGGCAGGUGGGAAGUGGAAUGAAGCCCAUCCUCACUCAGAUCGGCAUGGGCAAAGAGAUAUCCGACAUCCUGCUGUUCUGUUGGGCGUAUGAACAGGAAGAGCGGCCCAGCUUCUCCAAGCUCGUGGAGCUACUGGAGAAACUCCCGAAACGCAACCGUCGCCUGUCUCACCCAGUACACUUCUGGAAAUCAGCUGAGCUGUGACAGCGAUGGGUUCCUGUUCUUCAGAAGGCCUUUCUCUCUCUCAUUGUCUCAUCUGGACUGCAUUCUCACACCCAAUCAAGCCCGGGACUGAGGUCUUACCUCAUCAGUCACAUGACAGGAAAUCUUGGCACUGGCUUCCUGUGAUCCUUAUGAUCGAUCGACUGAGUUCAUUAUAGAGAGUCCUUGCUGCGUUAGUCUAUGCAGAAUAUGGCUGGCACCUUUGGUUUGAUUUUGAUUUUGACUUUGGUUUUAAAAAGAGGCUGCAUUUUCAUAAUCAAGUCAAUAUCUAUCCUCCAUUCCAAACAUGUCUACUAUCAACGUCACAGCCAUUCUGGAGACGCAUUAAAGGUGAAGUGUGUCAUUUUUAUAUUAAAAUACUUUAAUAUACAUGCAGGUUUAAUGAGGAAAGGAAAGCUAUUUGAGGCAUGAUUUCCCUGUGUAGCUUUCCAAACAUUUGCUCUGUUUGUUUGAUUGAUCU